AUGAUAAGAGUGAUGGUCUUGACUGGACGCCAAAUGCAAGGACGGCCAAUUGAAAAUGACCUUAACAAAAAAUGUAUUUCUACAAGGGUAUCAGUGAAUGCAUUGAUUGGUGACCGAGGCCUAAGCCAUGGUUUAUGUGAUCUUAAAGUUCCGAAACUUUUAAUCGACCGAUCCACAGGAUUAUACAAUUGGCCCGGAUGGGCCUUGACUUUUGAUACGGAUGAAAACAGUUCAUUUCACUCGAGUUCACCCGAUAAUAGUGACUUCGGCUCGGAUAGCGUGGACAGCGGACCCAUCGGCGUAGCAUGCAAUCACCCACGUAUAACGGGUUUUACGUCUUUUACUGAGACAUCUAGUGAAUCCUCGAGUGAAGCUUCGAGUAAAUCAAAAACUAGCAGACUGGACGUUUUUAUUCGUGGAGCCAUUCGCGAGGCAAGGCGCAAGGUGCGUCUCCAAUAUGACAGUGAACGUCGUUCGAUGGAGCCGCUCUUCGACGCGGAAGCGAAGCGCGCAGAAGCGUUGGCUGCUGAGCGUGUGCGUUCCAAAGUGAGACACCAAAACGCCACACAACGAUUCAAUAAUAAUCCCGCACCAAGGGGAAAAUCAAUUGAACAUUAUUUUGUAUCGGUAUAA